AUGAAUAGAUCAAUCAUUAUCGCAUUGUUGGUUGCAACAAUUGCAACAACUACAACAAUAGUAUCAGCUCAGACAAAGAUCACAUUUGGCCAACUCCAACAGUUUAACUUUACAGCUCCAAAUGUUGGUGAUAACAUGACAUUGUUGCUCGAAUCGUCGCCACCUGCAUUCUUUGGACUUUUGGUGCCAUGCUUUGGUGCUGUCAAUCUCUUUGUCGGUGUCAACCGCGUCCCAACCCCAUCCGCCAACGACAGAGCUGACUAUUGGGAUCCAAACACUCUUGGCAGCAGUUUCCAGUUCCCAAAUACCAAUCCAGGUUAUGUAUCGUCUCUGGUUCAAGCCAAUGAGUCUUACGCAGACAGACCAAUCUCUUUCCAAUUCAUGAUCGCCGCUUCUAAUGAAGAUAUCUACAACAAGUUCCCAACUCCAGGCAACAGUGGUAAGAUCGAGUUGAGUUUGUCUAAUGGUGGAAAGUCCGCCACUGUCAAGUUCACCUCCACUGGUAGCCCCAACGACACCUAUGCCAUCUACAUGUUUGAUGGCAAGUUGCCAAAGGGUGCCUUCCCAUUCUCUGCCUGUGGUGUUAGACAGCUGUCUCCAACCCCAGUCGCCAACCCCACCAUCAUCGACCAAGGCAACAACGUCAACCUUGCCACCUUCAAUGGUCUCAACCCCAAGACACCAACAGGUAUCUCUGUCGUUGUCACCAACCAACUAGGUUUCUCCACUUCCUACACCUAUGGAAUCUUGAACUCAAGUUCCUCAUUCAUCCAGGCUGCACCAAUGCUCAUUGUGUCAUUGAUUGCCCUUGUCCUGUUCAUGUAA